AUGUCCGAGCGCACCCCCUUCCUGUUCCCUACUUGGGCUCUCUUUGUCACCAAGUUCAAGCUUCGAUUCAUCAAAGAGAACAAGCAAGACCCCACCCUGGCACAACUAGAAACCCAUCUGUAUUAUAUGGGCUCCCACAACGUGUUCAAGUACACGGACAAAUACGACAACCUCCUUGACCUUGCCGGCUAUACUGACGAUCUGGUCAAGGUGACCAAAUAUAGGACAGGCCUGGAUCCGAAGAUCAACCAGGCUAUCACCACCUCUGGUAACCCUCCUAGGCUUACCGACUACGCCAAGUGUCGUUGA